UCUAUUGGGUAGCUCAAUUUUCAAAAGGUUAUCCAUCGGAGCUCUAUCGGCUCAUCGUCAUUUCUGUCUCUCUCCGGUCGCCGUUUCCAUGGCAUCCCAGUUUAUCCGUGAAUGGAGUGGGAUUCAACAAUUCCCUCUUGCCACCCAGGAGAAGCUUCUGGAAUUGUUGGGAAGACUAAAGGAGAAGAAAAAGGACAGGUUGACGAUCCUCGUAAUGGGGAAAGGUGGAGUUGGAAAAUCUUCGACUGUGAACUCUAUUAUUGGUGAGAGAGCAGUUACUGUCAACGCCUUCCAGUCGGAGACACCAAGACCUACAAUGGUUUCUCGGGAACGGUCAGGUUUCACGCUGAACAUCAUUGACACACCAGGCAUUGUCGAAGGAGGAUACAUCAACAACCAAGCCCUUGACAUCAUCAAAAGGUUCCUUCUGAACAAGACGAUAGAUGUUUUGCUUUAUGUGGACCGGCUAGAUGCCUACAGGGUUGAUUCGUUGGAUGUGAAGAUUGUGAAAGCCAUAAGCAAUAGUUUUGGUCAAGAAAUAUGGCAUAGAGCAAUUAUAGUGCUCACACAUGCUCAGCUAUCCCCUCCAGACUGUCUUAGUUAUGAUGAGUUUUUAGCAAGAAGAUCCGAGGCUCUUCUCAAGGUUGUACAUCUUGGUGCUAGGUUCAAAAAGAAAGAUAUCCAGAAGUUCUCUAUUCCUGUGGGCUUGGUUGAGAACAGUAGCAGAUGUAAUAAAAACGAUAAGGAUGAAAAGAUUCUUCCAAAUGGAACUGCUUGGAUUCCGAGCAUAGUUGAAACGAUCACGAAAGUGGCUUUGACCGAUAGCAAAUGCAUAUUGGUUGACCAGAAGUUGAUCGAUGGACCCAACCCGAACGAUAGAGGGAAACUUUUCAUUCCUCUGAUCCUUGCAUUUCAAUACUUCUUUGUCUUGCAACCACUUCAAAGAUCGAUCAAGACCGAUGUUGAGAACGCGGUAAAGUCUAAGUGGGAAUGAUCACUCCGAAUCCUUCACCAUGUUAUCCACAACAGUCAUUGAGCAACGACGAUCCACCCUGGUAUGCUUUUGUUAGAGAACAAGUUUUGUUUGAUUUAAAAACUUCUACCUUUUUCUUGAAUCCGAAAGAUGUGUUACAUUCAUCUUCUUGUUCAUUGUUCUUGCUCAUGUAUCAAUCGGGAGAAAUCGCGAGUUUUUAUGCAUGAAA